AUGCCAACUGUCUCCCCAGAGGUGACCUCCCCACCCACCACCCUGCUCUUUCACACCUCUCCACCCCACAGCUCAGCCUGCUUUGCUCCUGCACAAUUUGUCCUUCACAUUAACAUGCUCCAGAGAUGCUCCGGUGUGACUGAAUUCAAAGGAAGACAAGAUGGGUGUCGGCUGGAUAAUAUCAAUUUCCCUCAUGUUAAUAGCUACAACAACUCCUACAACAGCAGUACUUACUACUGCCUCACCUACAACCGGUUCUCCAACAACGACCACACCUACAACAGCUGCAGCAACAACUGCAGCUCCAACUACUAUGGCUCCUACAACAUUAGCACCUACGACUGGAGCCCCUACAACAGCUGCACCGACAACUGUUGCUGCUACAACUGCAGCACCUACAACUGCCUCACCUACAACCGGCACUCAAACGACUGCCAAACCUUCAACAGCUGCACCUACAACUGCCUUACCUACAACAAGCAAUCCAACGACGACCGCACCUACAACUGCAGCUCCUACGACUGCCACACCUACCACAGUCGCUCCUACAACUGCGGCUCCUACGACGGCCAUACCUACAACCAAGGCUCCUACGACUGCAGCAUCUACCACUGUUGCUCCUACAACAUUAGCACCUACGACUGGAGCCCCUACAACAGCUACACCGACAACUGUUGCUGCUACAACUGCCUCACCUACAACCGGCACUCAAACGACUGCCAAACCUACAACAGCUGCACCUACAACAGCAUCAACCACAACAGCAGCCCCGGCCACGUUUGCUCCUACAACUACAGCCCCUACAACACUUGCACCUACAACUGCCUCACCUACAACCGGCGCUCAAACGACGGCCAAACCUACAACAGCUGCACCAACAACUGCAGCUCCUACCACUAUGGCUCCUACAACAUUAGCACCUACGACUGGAUUCCCUACAACAACUGCACCCACAACUGAAGCACAAACAACUGCAACUCCUACGACUCCAGCACCUACCACUGUUGAUCCAACAACUGCAGCACCUAAACCUUCCUCAC